GUUUGCGUUUCCCUCUUUCCCUCCGGUGCGCCCUGUCGUUCGCAUGCUCUCGGAGCGUCCAAGAUGGAACAAGACCAGGCGCAGUUCAACGCACUUCUAGUGAAUUUAUUAAGCACCGAGAAUGAAAUCAGGAGCAACGCCGAGACGGCGUACGACGGGCUCCCCGCGGGCAGCCGGGCCCUGUUCCUGCUGGGGGCCCUGGUGAACCAGGCGGCGGAGGAGCAGGUGCGGGUCCUGGCGGCAGUGCUCCUCCGGCGCCUCUUCUCGACGGACUUCGACAAGUGCUUCCCCGAGCUGCCGCCGGAGGCCCAGGCCCAACUCAAGGACCAGCUGCUGCUCAGCAUCCAGAACGAGACCAGCAACACCCUGCGCAAGAGGGUGUGCGAGUGUGCCGCGGAGCUGGCACGCAAGCUGCUUGACGAUGACGCCAACAACCACUGGCCCGAGUUCCUCAAGUUCCUGUUCACGUGUGCCAGCGCUUCCAGUCCCGUCCUGCGGGAGUCUGCACUACAAAUCUUCACGUCGGUGCCGGGCAUCUUCGGCAACCAGCAGAGCCGCUACUUGGACAUGAUACGUCAAAUGCUGGUCCAGAGCCUGGCAGACACAACCAACCAGAAUGUGAGAUUUGCGGCCGUGAGGGCCGUGUCGGCCUUCCUCCUGGUCCACGAGAAGGAGACGGCCAUCCAGAGGAUGUUUGCAGACUCACUCCCUGUGAUGCUGCAGAUCCUGUCGGAGAGCAUAGAGGCGCUCGAGGACGAUAACGUGGUGAAGUGCUUCGUGGACCUGGCGGAAGCCUGCCCCCGCUUCUUCAGGCCGCACCUCGACACCCUCAUGCAGAUCUGCCUCAGGGUGAUUGGGGAGCCCUCGGUGCCCGAGACAUGGCGCCACCUUUGCCUCGAGACGGUGGUGACGCUCUCAGAAAUGGCACCCGCCAUGGUCAGGAAGCUGGCCGGCAAGCACAUUGCCCAGCUCGUUCCACAACUCUUCCAAAUGAUGGUGGACCUCAGCGAUGACCCCGAUUGGGCCGUGACGGACGAGAUCACGGAGGACGACGCCGACAGCGAUCCAGUGGUGGGAGAGUCGUCCCUGGAUCGCCUGGCCUGCAGCCUCGGUGGAAAGACCAUUCUUCCCCUAGUCGUCGGCUGCGUUUCUCAGAUGCUGGCAAGCGAGGACUGGAGGCAUCGGCAUGCGGCUCUGAUGGCGGUGUCUGCGGCGGGCGAGGGCUGCCACAAACAGAUGGAGGCCCUCCUGCCGCAGAUGAUCGACGGCAUUCUCAAGUACCUCCAGGAUCCACACCCCCGGGUACGGUAUGCGGCCUGCAAUGCCCUGGGCCAGAUGGCGACAGACUUCUCGCCGGGCUUCGAGAAGCGUUUCCAUGACCGGGUCAUCCCGGGGCUGGCCCUGCUCCUCGAGGACCACGCCCACCCUCGGGUGCAGGCCCAUGCGGGGGCCGCCCUGGUCAACUUCUUCGAGGACUGCCCCAAGUCGGUGCUGCUGCCCUACCUGGACGCCGUGGUGCUCAAGAUCGAGGCUGUGCUCAGCAGCAAGAUGAAGGAGCUGGUGGAAAAAGGCACCAAGCUGAUGCUGGAGCAGAUUGUGGUGACGCUGGCUGCACUGGCGGACCGUGCAGAGGAGAAGUUUGUCGACUACUACGACAGGUUCAUGCCCUGCCUCAAGUACAUCAUCCAGAACGCUUCCACGCCCGACCUGCAGCUUCUGCGCGGCAAGACGAUAGAGUGCGUCAGCCUCAUCGGCCUUGCCGUCGGUCGAGAAAAGUUCGUGGCCGACGCUAGCGAUGUGAUGGACAUGCUGCUGAAGACACAGACCGGAGACAUUGAAAUCAGUGAAGACAACCCACAGCUGUCCUACAUGAUCUCUGCAUGGGCGAGAAUCUGCAAGAUUCUGGGCAAGCAGUUUGAGCCGUACCUCCCGUACGUCAUGGGUCCCGUUCUCAAGGCGGCCUCUCUCAAGCCGGAAAUCGCUCUCAUGGACAGUGAAGACAUGAAGGUUGUGGAAGGGGAUGAAGACUGGCAGUUUGUCAGCUUUGGUGAUCAGCAAAACUUUGGCAUCCGCACGGUGGGGCUGGAGGAGAAGGCGACGGCCUGCCAGAUGCUGGUAUGUUACGCCCGGGAGCUCAAGGACGGCUUUGCCUCGUACGCCGAGGAGGUGGUCAAGUUGAUGGUGCCCAUGCUCAAGUUCUACUUCCACGAUGCUGUGCGGUCGGCGGCGGCGGAGAGCCUGCCGUACCUGCUGGAGUGUGCCAAGACAAGAGGGGACGCCUACGUCAUCGAGAUGUGGCAGUACAUCUGCCCCGAGCUGCUCAGCGCCAUCGACGGAGAACCCGAGAAGGAGGUGUUGUCGGACCACAUGUCGAGCUUUGCGCAGUGUGUGACGGUGCUCAACUCGAAGUGCCUGUCGGAGGAGCAGCUCAACUCGCUCAUCACGGUGCUGGACAAGUUCCUCAAGGAGCACUUUGAACGGGCCGAGGAGCGGCAGCUCAAGCGCAAGGACGAGGACUACGACGAGCUCGUCGAAGAGGAGCUCCUGGAGGAGGACGACGACGACGUGUUCCUGCUGAGCAAGGUGGCAGACAUCCUGCGCUCUCUCUUCACCUGCUACAAGGAGGCUCUGUUCCCCUACUUCGACCGGCUACUCCCGCACUUUGCCAGGCUCCUGGGUGCAGACCGGCCGUGGCCGGACCACCAGUGGGGGCUGUGCGUCUUUGACGACAUCAUCGAAUACGGGGGACCCGCCUGCGAGAGGUACCAGGGCUACUUCCUGCCGAGGUUACUCCAGCUGCUGGAGAGCCACAGCGCAGAAGUCCGGCAGGCUGCCAGCUACGGAAUCGGCGUGCUUGCACAGUUUGGUGGGGAGAACUUUUCCAAGGUCUGCGCAAGCGCGGUGCCGACGCUGGUGGCGAUGAUCGAGGCCCCCGACUCCCGAGGCCCCGAGCGGGUGUUUGCAACGGAAAACGCCAUCUCGGCGGUGAGCAAGGUGCUGCUCUGGCGCUGCCGGGACGUCAGCGUGGACGAGCUGGUGCCCCGCUGGUUCUCCUGGCUGCCCGUCUGGGAGGACGACGAGGAGAACCCGCACGUCUACGGGCUGCUCUGCUCCCUCCUGGAAGUCAACCACGUGGCGCUGCUGGGCGCAGACAAUGCUAACCUUCCGAGGGUGGUGAUGGUGAUGGCGGAGGCCUUCCUCAAGGAGGCCAUAGACCCGACCUCCGAGGUUGGCACGCGGAUGGUCACCCUCCUCAACACGCUCAAGAGUAACGGAGAAGUGUUUGCAGCCUGCGUGUCCCAACUGAACGCCGCACAGCAAGAGGCACUGCACAAGGUGCUGGGAGGCACCACUCAGUGACCCCCACCCCGACUCUGAGGGAGCAAGGGGAAACAGACGCUUGAAAAGCGUUGUUGUAUUUUUGGACGAGGGGGAGGGGGGAUCAUCACCCUCGGAUCAAAGUGAUCCUUAGGAUCACUUUGAUUCAAAAGUGACAUCCACGUGGCUUCGUCUCCAGAGGGACGAAGAGAAUCCGCCGUCUCAUCUUCGUUGAUCUUCUUGCAAUCUGUUAGCUUCUCUUACUCGAUCUGCAACCUUUUUUUUAACCGUUUUGCUCGAAAGAAGUUUUCGUGGACAUAAAACGUUAACAUCGUAGAAUGUUUCAAGAGGCCAAUGAAGAAUCAGCAGACGGCGUUGUUGUUGUUGGAAUGUGCCAGCGUCGUAAGUGGAAACAUGCACGUAGUCUGGGGGUGGUGUGCCGCCCGUGUAUUUAUUUGUCGUGGUGAAGUCGCGUUUUUAAUUUCUCUGCAAAUUUCCUCCUCGAUUAACGGGACCCUAACGACGGAAAAGACAAAAGCGACUGACCUCUCGCCACGACGCUCCUUUUUGUAUGUGGACUAGCUCUCGUGCUCUUGUUUGAAAAAGACAUUAAAAAGAAAAAAAAAAACUUUUUGUACAUUGAA